AUGUGGUCAUCAAUGGGAUUUUUGCACACAAAUCGUCGAAAUCGAUUAACUAAUGAUAAGGUAUUGGCAAUGUGUCAGCUACAUGCUUCUAUUAAUUUUUCAUUGAAGAAAAAAAAAUUGAUACAAAGUGAUGCACAAUUUUAUGACACUAAUGCAGGACCUAUUGAAUCAAAUGUUUCUACACAAAAUGUUGGUGAUAAUUCAGAUCUUUCAAAUAUUGGAAUAUUAGAUGUACAAGAUGUUGAUAUGGAUGAAGAUAGGAGUAAUGAUAUUACAACUGCAGAACAAUGGGAAAGAGAACUUCAUGAAUGGGAACAAAUGUUGAUUGAAGAGGAAGUGGCACGUUUUGAAGAAGAAGAAGAAUUAAGAGAUAAUUUGGAUAGUUUAGAUGGAGAUCUUUUGUGCAAUUAUAGACAUCCAGCAAUUGAUUCAAGAGCAAAAUGGGAACUUAAAGAUAUAUUUAAUUCUUCACUUGGUGUCCCAGAAUAUUUGAUUCAUAAUAUGAAUAUGUAA